UCAACAUCUACUGCUGGAUUUCACCAGGAUCCCCCAGAUCAUCUUACACCGGAUAGACCACCUGCAGGAUUCUGUUGGAAAAGAAGAGGAUUUCUCUGACCAGCAGCUCUUUGAAAAGGAGAGCAAUUCCCGUUUGGACCAAGAGGAACCAGAACCUCUGCAGAUAAAAGAAGAGCAUCAAAAGCCAGAACAUCCCUGGACAAAAGAGGAAACCAUGGAGCUCCCCAUAGACUGCCCGCAAGAUUAUGUUGGAAAAGAGGAGGAUUUGGAACCAGAAGCUCCAUGGAUGAAAGAACAGCAGCAAAAGCCGGUACAUCCCUGGACAAAAGAGGAAACCAUGGAGCUUCUCAUAAGUGAGCAUGACGAGCAGCUUGUUCUGAAGCAGCAGACAGAAGAUACGGGAGAGAAACCUUUCCCAUGUUUGACAUGUGGAGAAAACUUUCUGAAAAAAGAACAUUUAAUGGAUCACAUGAGAACUCAUACAGGUAAGAAGAUUUAUCAAUGUCUGUCCUGCGGAAAAAUGUUCAAAAAGAAAUCUGAUCUUGAUAGACACAUCAGAAUUCACACAGGUGAGAAGCCGUUUUUGUGUACCGUUUGUAACAAGAAUUUUAUCGUAAAAAGUAGUUUGACAACUCACAUGAGAAUUCACUCUGGUGAGAAACCUUUUGACUGUCUUUCCUGUGGAAAAAGCUUAACUCAGAAAUCUAAUAUUGAGUCACACCUCAGAAUUCACACAGGUGAGAAGCUUUUUUCCUGUACCAUUUGCAACAAGAAUUUUACUGAAAAAGGUAGUUUGAUUUCUCACAUGACAAUCCACACUGGUAAGAAGCCUUUUGAAUGUCUAUCCUGUGGAAAAAGUUUUACUUGGAAAUCUAGUCUUGAUGGACACAUCAGAAUUCACACAGGUGAGAAGCCUUUUUCCUGUACAAUUUGUAACAAGAAUUUUACUAAAAAAGGUAGUUUAAUUUCUCACAUGACAAUCCACACCGGUAAUAAGCAUUCUGAAUGUCUGUCCUGUGGAAAAAGCUUCACUCAGCAAUCUGAUCUUGAUAGACACAUCAGAAUUCACACAGGUGAGAAGCCUUUUUCCUGUACCAUUUGUCACAAUAAUUUUACUGGAAAGGGUAGUUUGAUUUCUCACAUGGCAAUCCACACUGGUAAGAAACCUUUUGAAUGUCUAUCCUGUGGAAAAAGCUUCACACGAAAAUAUAGGCUUGAUACACACAUCAGAAUUCACUCAGGUGAGAAACCUUUUUUCUGUACCAUUUGUAGCAAGAAUUUUACUGAAAGAAGUAGUUUGACUUUUCACAUGAGAAUUCACUCAGGGGAGAAGCCAUUUUCCUGUACCACUUGUAACAAGACUUUUACUGGAAAAAGUCAUUUGACUUCUCACAUGAUAAUUCACACAGGUGACAAGCCUUUUUCCUGUACCAUUUGUAACAAGAAUUUCACUGAAAAAGGUACUUUGAUGUCUCACAUGAGAAUUCACACUGGUGAGAAGCCCUUUUCCUGUAACAUUUGUAACAAGAAUUUUACUGUAAAAAGUAGUUUGACUAAACACAUCAGAAUUCACACAGGUGAGAAACCUUUUUCCUGCACGAUUUGUGGCAAAAGUUUUACUCAAAAAGGUAAUUUGACUGGACACAUGAUAACUCACACAGGUGUGAAGCUGUUUUCCUGAAAGAUUUGUGAUAAAAGUUAACGAGAAGAUAACGGAGUAUUCAGAUGACGUUUAUUCAAGCAUGAUGUGGAAUGAUUUAUAUUUUUAUAAGACAAUUUGUUUCUCUUAAGUCGCAGCAGUUAGAUGCGACAGGAAUGAACAGUAGAGGUGUUUUACAUGUUUGACUGCUGAUAAAAUGUCCAUCUAGAAAAUCCUUCACCUCAUUACAUGAGAAACUCACGGGUUAAUGGUCUUUUAUUAGUAAAGUUUUAAGAAAGCCAUUAAUUAAUAGCUCUGUUUAUAUAGAAACUAGAACAGCUAAGAUGUUAUAUUGUAAAUCUGGUAAAUAUUAAGGUCCUGGAUGAAUAUGUGGAUGUGGAUAUUUGAAAGUUCAUUAUUUGGGCCUGAGUAAGUUAGAUUUAAAUGGCCAAAGAUUUUUUGGCACAGUGUUGGAGCUAUUUGGAUGGAUAUUAUGGAUAUUAGAAUGAAGUAGAUCCUCUGUAGAGGAGUCUCAGAUGAAGAUUUGGGACAUUUACACUCACCGACCACUAUAUUAGGUACACCUGUCCAACUGCUCGUUAACACUUAAUUUCUAAGCAGCCAGUCACAUGGCGGCAACUCAGUGCAUUUAGGCAUGUAGACAUGGUCAAGACAAUCUCCUGCAGUUCAAAC